CCAACAAUCGAAUUGUCACUCUUGUCGGUCCUUUCUCAUCUUUAUCUCUUUGUUUUAAGCUUCUGGAUCCAUCCCUUUAGCUUUACUCACACCUCAAAACCAACCUUGCUGGCCUUGCAAUGGACUUUGCCAUGUCAUCCUCCAAAGCUCUCUCCCCUUUCUUCUUUGGGUUUCUGCUUCUCUGUCUCUUGCCACACUUUCCAUCCCACGCUCAGCUUAUUCCCCAACAUGAAGUGAAAGCUCUUCAGGCAAUAUCUGAUAAAUGCAACAACGUGAAUUGGAAGGUUACGCAAAGAUCUUGCAUCAAUGCAGUUAAAGGAUUUAACAACUACAUGAUCAACAUGUCCGUGCCCAGUCGUUUCACUCAAAUUGCCAGCAAUGUCACUUGCGAUUGCUCUUUCCAAAACGGCACCGUUUGCCAUGUCACCAAUAUUAUGUUGAGAGGGCUGAAUAUAUCUGGAGUUAUCCCCAAUGAAUUCGGAGAUCUCACCCAGCUGAAUGUACUUGAUCUCACUUACAACUACCUCAAUGGCUCAAUCCCGACGUUUUUCACUCGCAUCCCUAUUACCAAUCUGUCCAUGGUGGGGAAUCGAAUUAGUGGUUCAAUUCCUGCAGAGUUCGGUGAAAUUGCUAGUCUACAGGAGCUGAUCCUCGAAGAUAAUCAGCUAGGAGGACAUCUUCCUCAAAGUCUGGGAAAUUUGAGCGACUUACGAAGAUUACUUCUCUCUGCAAAUAAUUUUACAGGGAUAAUACCAGAAACAUUUGGAAAUCUCAAGAACCUCACUGAUUUUAGGAUAGAUGGAAGCACUUUAUCAGGAAAGAUCCCAAGUUUUAUUGGGAAUUGGACCAAAUGUGUUUGUUUGAAUAUGCAGGGCACAGGCAUGGAAGGCCCAAUUCCUUCUACCAUAUCAUUAUUGAAAAAUUUGAAAGAAUUGAGAAUAUCUGAUUUGAGUGGAGCAACCAUGGAAUUUCCUGACUUAAAGGAUCUACAGAGUCUAGAACGACUGAUAUUGAGAAAUUGCUUAAUUACCGGUCUAAUUCCAAAGUACAUUGGCGAAAUAAAAACCUUAAAGACUUUAGACCUAAGUUUUAACGGGUUGAUUGGUUCAAUCCCUGACUCAUUUCAAGGAUUGAAUUUUAAUCACAUGUUUCUGGCAAAUAAUUAUCUGAAUGGAACAAUUCCAGAUUGGGUGCUGGAGAACAAAUAUAAUAUUGAUUUAUCUUACAACAAUUUUACUGAGGUUUCUGCAUCUAGUUGCCAGAACUUGCUAGUUAACUUAGCUUCUAGCCUUUCAUCUUCAGGAAGAAAUGCAUCCUUUUGCCUGAAGAAGGGCCUACCUUGUCCAGUAACACCUCAGUAUGAUUCGUUGUUCAUAAACUGUGGAGGACCCAAGAUGGAAUUUGAGGGGAAUGAAUAUGAAGAUGAUCUCAAUCAAAAUGGCAUUUCAUACUUUUAUAAUGUAAAAGACAAAUGGGCUUAUAGCAGCACAGGAACAUAUAUGUUUAAUGAUAAAGCUGAUUAUGUAGCAAGUCUAGGAAAAAAUAAGUUUUCUUUGAAUGUCAAUGGCUCAGAAUACUACCAAUCAGCCCGCCUCAGCCCAUCGUCGCUUAAGUACUAUGGCCUAUGUAUGUUGAAGGGUAAUUAUAAAGUAAAGCUCCAUUUUGCUGAGAUAAUGUUUUCUGAUGACCAGACAUAUAGCAGCGUUGGUGCACGCAUAUUUGAUGUUUCAAUUCAAGGUUUUAAAUACUUGGAAGAUUUUGACAUUGCCAAGGAAGCUGGUGGAGCUGGUAAGGGCAUCACUAGGGAAUUCAACAUUGAUGUGAACGAUAGUACGUUGGAGAUCCAUUUAUACUGGGCAGGGAAAGGAACUACUGCAAUUCCCACUAGAGGUGUAUAUGGACCUCUAAUAUCUGCCAUCACUGUGACCCCAAACUUCAAAGUUCCUCCAGAAAGGUUCUCUGCUGAUGACCAAAAAGGAGAAAAAGGGUUCUCUGCUGGAGCUAUCAUUGGAAUUGUGGUUGGAUCAUGUGUAUUCCUCAUACUGGUGGUACUCAUUAUCCUUCGAAAGAAUGGUUUCCUUUGGGGGAAAGAUCGACAAGACAUAGAUCUUAAGGGCUUGGAUCUUAAAACUGGCAUAUUUACCUUAAAGGAAAUCAAAGUAGCAACCAACAAUUUUAAUGCUGGUAAUAAGAUUGGAGAAGGAGGGUUUGGUCCUGUUUAUAAGGGCAUUCUCCCAGAUGGCAAAACAAUUGCAGUUAAGCAACUAUCUGCUAAAUCAAGGCAAGGGAAUCGUGAAUUUCUAAAUGAAAUAGGCAUGAUUUUUGCUUUGCAACACCCUUGUCUCGUUAAGCUUUAUGGCUGCUGUGCUGAAGGAGAUCAGUUGUUGCUCGUAUAUGAGUUUAUGGAUAACAAUAGUCUUGCUCGUGCUUUAUUUGGCCCGGAAGAACUCCAGUUAAAAUUGGAUUGGCCAACAAGACACAAGAUUUGUAUUGGGAUUGCUAGAGGUUUGGCUUACCUCCACGAAGAAUCAAGAUUUAAAAUUGUUCAUAGAGACAUCAAGGCCACUAAUGUGUUGCUUGAUAAAGAUCUCAAUCCCAAGAUAUCUGAUUUUGGUUUGGCCAAGCUUUAUGAGGAGGAAAAUACCCACAUUAGCACCAGAAUUGCUGGAACUCGCGGUUACAUGGCUCCUGAAUAUGCAAUGCAUGGAUAUUUGACCAAGAAAGCAGAUGUUUAUAGCUUUGGGAUUGUUGCAUUGGAAAUUAUCAGUGGCAAGACCAACACCGCUCAAAAGUCAGAGGAAGAAUGUUUUUAUUUGCGUGAUUGGGCGCACCAAUUGAAAGACGGAGGUAAUGUGAUGGAUCUGGUGGAUCCAAGGCUGGGUAAGGCCUUCAACAGAGAGGAAAUAAUGGUUGUGAUUGAUGUGUCUCUCCAAUGCACUGAGAACUCUCCAGCACUAAGGCCUACUAUGACUGAAGUUCUCAGCAUUCUUGAAGGCAGGCUUGCUGUUCAGGAGGUAGUUUCAAAUGAAACUGAGAUUAUGGAUGACUUGGAAUUGAAAUCGUGGAAGAAAAAAGAAGCUGAUAAAGAUGGGACUGAUGGUGCGAUGAACUUGUCAAGCCAUGAGUCUCAGACUACGUCUAAAUCCUUUUCAGAUCUCUAUCCACUGAAUAAAUAUUCGUCUUUUUGGGAGAAAACGAACUAGCUCCAUGUCUCAAACAUGGCCUCCUCACGUACGUUAAACAUGUUAAUCUUGCCACAGUUAGAUGAUAUAUAUAUAUAUAUAUAUAUCACGUUGAUAUUGUGUAAGUUCUCUUGUGCUGCCACACCCUGAUAUAUUUCUUAGAACUUGAUAAGUAUCUGGAACUGGGAGACGUGGAUUAAGAAUCUAAUUGAGCUUUGUAUUAAACUGUAGAAUUGUUGGUCCUGUUAACCUCCCAUGUCUCUUUUAUAUUGUUUUGUAACAA